UCUUUGUGUUCUGAGGGCCUGCAGAGCAGCAGCAACAGCGCCCCCUGCAGGCUGUCGGCCGUCUCAGUGUCUGUCUCUUUAAAAGAGGUUUUCUCAGGACGGGGAGGGGGGGCUGCGGGUUCACCGGGUUCAUUCGGUCUGCUGUUUGCGGGGCUGUGCGGGCUGCUCGGAGGCUGCAGGUGAGCUCUAUCCGUGUGUCCGCGCGCUCACUUUGACCGGUAAAAAUCACCUUUGUAAGGACACGAACCGAGGAUCAGCUGAUGCUCCGCACGCGCUGCCGUUUUCAGGUCAUCUGAGGCUGCAGGAUGGAGGGAGGGGGGGCGGUGUGAGGCGUGAUGGCUGCUGGGAGCUGCAGAGGGUCAGGGACUUGGUGUACUGGGCAAGUGGACUGGACUGGGCCGUGAUUGUGUCUGGGUGAGCAGUGGAACCGUGUUCGGUGUGAUGUUAGUGGACCAGAGACUCGGACCGGUGCUGUAGUGGACUACAGAGAGCUGUCUUUUCUCCUGACCCUCUUUGGACUCUAAUAAACCCGGACCCACGGUGAUGGUAAGAGCCUCGGUGUGCUGAUAUUCCGCGGAACCGUCCCGUGAUGUUGGAGAGCAGAGACAGAGCCAUGGAGCGGACCAGGAGCAAGGUUGCAUCAGACUCUUUUCCCGCUCCUCCACAGUUCGCGCCGCCCGGCAGCGCGCCGCCGCACGCGGCCUCGGACAUCGUGGAGCUGGCAUCGAAGCGCGUGGACAUCCAGAAGAAGCGUUUCUACCUGGACGUGAAGCAAUCCGCGCGCGGCCGCUUUCUGAAGAUCGCGGAGGUGUGGGUGGGCCGCGGUCGCCAUGACAACAUCCGGAAGAGUAAGCUGACGCUCAGCAUGUCUGCUGCUGCCGCGCUGCGCGCGCUGCUCGGGGACUUCAUUGACCACUACGCACGCAUUGGGCUGCGCGUGCGCGCGGGUCCGCAGCUCGAAGAGCACGGAAGCGACGGCCAGGGGCGUACACAAGAGGCCCGCAGGAGGGCGCAGGAGGCGGGACUGUCCCCCACCGGGUCCGCGGGGUCCGACGAGCACGCGCACCGCGUGCUGAAGAGCGAGUUCAUCGAGAGGGAUAACCGGAAAUACUUCCUGGACCUGAAGGAGAACCAGCGUGGCCGCUUUUUGCGGAUCCGUCAGACAGUCAGCAAGAACCCGGGGACCAUGGGGUACUACGGCCCCGGCAUUGAGCAGACCAUCGUCCUCCCAGCCCAGGGACUCAUCGAGUUCAGGGACGCCCUGUCCCAGCUCAUCGAUGACUAUGGCGACGACGACCGCACCGCCUACCGGAACCAUGAUGAUGGCCCUGAGCUGCCGGAAGCAGCGUCCUUCAGGGUGGACAACAAGCGCUUCUACUUCGACGUGGGCUCGAACCGCUACGGCGUGUUCCUGAAGAUCAGCGAGGUGAGGCAGCCGUAUAGGAACACGAUCACGGUCCCGCUCAAAGCCUGGGCGCGCUUCGGCGAGAACUUCAUUCGCUAUGACGAGGAGAUGAGACGCAUCAUCACCUGCAGCAAGGAGAGGCGGAGCGACAGCGACGAGCACGACGACUGACCGGCACCGCCACAAGUACUGUCGCCCCGCCCCCCUCACCUGAUGAUAAGGGCUGGAAACCUGCCAAGAACUCACCUGUCCACGCUGACGGGCCCGCCUCCUCCUCCAUGAAGAGACUGA